AUGAAGAUGAGCGAGAAAAAGAGAAGAGUUAAAGUCAAUCCAGAAAGGUCUCAAAAGAAAUUAAAUUGGAUGCCAUCAUUUCGUACCUAUGAUGACUUCAACCAAAUGACGCUUCAGUCAUUAGAUGGCUUUAUGAUUACACUGAGCACAGAUGGAGUGAUUAUUUAUGUGGAUGAAAACAUCUCUUCUCUUCUUGGACAUGUAUCAGCUGAGAUUGUGGACAAAAAAUUAUUAAGCUUUCUGCCUGAUGAAGAGAAAAAUGAAGUCUCACAAAAAAUUAUUCUCAAAUAUCCUUUGUUAAACUCAGAAACACAUAUUGAAUUUUGCUGUCAUUUAAAAAGAGGAAAUGUUGAACAUGGUGAUGGUCCUGCUUAUGAAUAUGCAAAAUUCAUUUUGAAUGUAAAAGAUGUUUCUAACGAGUCUACUGUGUUCUUUAGUAGUUUCUGUUCCAGCCACCGCUAUGCUGACUUGUCUGCUGCACAUAUUUCUUGGGAGGAUCAGUUUUAUCUUAUGGGAACUGUUUGUAUUCUCAGGACUCAGCUCCUGCAGAGACUUUACACUCCAAGGGAAGUCAGUGACAAAUUUGUACUUACACAAGUUUCAGAUGAGGAACCUUUUGUGGGAGAUCUCAGUAGAUCUCAAGGCCAAAGAGGACAUACUAGCACGGAAGUUGUUUGUGCUGAACCUGCUGCUGCUGCUGCUGCUGCUGCUACCUUAGACGACCAAAUUGAGAUUACACAGGUUAAGCACCGUGGACCACAAGACAUUCGUGUAACUGCUGUAGAUUCUGAUUCAACUUGUUGCUCCAGCACAGUUUCCCUGGAUAAUAUUCCUGAAUCUCCAGUAUUAUCCUUGCAAGGUUUUCAAUUUGAGCCUGAGGUGAAUCCGUUGUACAAGGCAGAGCCAGUGGACCUGGAGUUCUCGGUGGACCAGGAGGACUCAGUGGACAAGGAGGGCCCAAAGGGCCAGCAGGACCCAGAGAACCUAGUGGAUCUGUUGGACCAGACAGGCCUGAUGGAUUCCAUGGACACAGAGGACUCAGUGGACCUGGAGACUGCUGGCACCAGUGCUCAGCCAUCGCAGCUGUUAUCACCAGUUGUAUACAGCAUCAUUAGCCAGGAACUGGACCUGAUAAAGAAGUUGAAGGAGCAACUUGAAAAGAGGACUCAGAUGCUGCAUGAUACCAUCCAAAACCAGCAGGAUGCACUGGAAGUGAUGAUGAAUCGCUUACAGAAGCAGCCAAACACAUCACACCACAUUGUCAGUCUUGAUCAUCAACCUUUGGAGGCAGUGUCCAUGAAACAGCAGAAACAACACACUGGGCAAGUGAAGCGGUCUCUCCCACAUCCCAAGGAGAUCAAGCGACUCUGUGAUUUAUCUUUAUACAACUCUCUCAAAAACACUAGGAAGCUUCAGGAACCUUGUGCUGCCUUUACCCAGCAGCAACUGGCACAGCAAGAACAACGUCUGAAGGAGCAGCAGCGGCAGCUACGAAAGCGGCUGCAGCAGCUGAGGGAGCAAAGGAAAGUGCAGAAGCAAAAGAAGAUGCAGGAGAAGAAGAAGCUACAGGAGCACAAGAUGCAGGAGAAGAAGAAGCUGCAGGAGCAGAGGCAGCAGAGAAAAAAUAAGCUGCAGGAACAGAAGAAGUGGCAGAUGCUGCAGAAAGGGACAAAGAAGGGCCAGCAGAAGCAGCAGCUGCAAGAGCAGCCACUGAAGCGUAAUGUCAUCGUGGGGAAUCAUACGCUGCAGAUAUGCCUGCAAAACCCAAGUGGUGUAACUGAGCCCCUCUGCAAUAACCCUGUUAGAUUUUUGCAGACUCAACCCAUUGUUGUUCCUAUCCAGAUAGUAGCUGAACAACAGCUCUCUGGCUAUCAAGAUGGAAACUCUGGGCAACAAGAAGAUGAGAGUCAAAGUUUUCAUCCUGAGGAGAAUCAGGAGCCCACUAUGAGCCACCUGCCAUUGGUAGAUACCCCAAACUCUGGGGCGAUUUCUUCUUCCAGCAUUACUCCCAUAAGUUCAGACUCAACCAUAAGCACCGUGGAGAUCCCACAGGAUUACGUCCAUAUUUGGGAACAGCUGUCUGAUCCAUGCGAUCAAGUUGUUAUCCAACUGAAUACUUGGACUUGCGAUGAGCAGGGCACCAUGCACAGCCAACCCAUCUACCGUCAGGUGCAAGUUUCUGACAUAGGAGACGAGGAACCUCCUAGUCAACAGGCUUUCCAAGGCCCUGCUGCAUACCAGCCAGACCAGAUGAGAUACUUGACACCUGAGGAGCAGCAUGGCUCAAACAAGCAGCGCUAGCAGUACUUU